GCAGAGUGGAAAAUGUUUACUAGCAACGUCAAUAUGAUUCUGGCACCUGCGCUUGUUCAUCCCGAUGUCCAUGUUCGAGAUUUUAAAACCUUGCAAUUUCGUAUUUUAUGUUCCUCGGAAUAGGUCCCAAUCAGUAUCAGUGUUGAAGAAACAACACAAACAAGUGAAAAGCGAUUAAACCAGGGGCCCUCGAAUUCUGGUGAAGUCUUUGUCACGGUUGAAUAAAAAGCAAGGAUUGGAUAAUAAUAAAUCAAAGGAUAAUUUUAAGUAAUCCAUAAGAUGUAAGGCUAUUGUCAGCCACAAUUUUAUUCUCAGGCUACAUACACCUAGUUUUAUCAUUUCAAGAGUGAUACAGUUCACAUAUUUGGUCAGUAUCCAGUAGCCUAUUGAAGAUUUUAUUCUCUAUAAAUACCCAGUGACUAGUUAUGGUUUCUUAAAUAAAUUUUUAAAGAUAAGCUUUAUGGGUUCUCAGGCAGUAGCUCUUUUCAUUUUGCUUAAUAUCACAUUGUUUAUUUGUGUUUCAUCAAAUAAGGUUCCAUGCCCUCCCAAAAUUUCCCCAUCACCUCCUUCAGUCCCAAUGAAGCCAGAGAAAUGUCCUAAAGAUAAGUUGAAGUUUGGUGUUUGUGGGAGCUGGUUAGGGUUGGUUUAUGAGGUUGUUGGGACUAAACCCAGCAAGCAAUGUUGUAAUUUGAUUGAAGGACUUGCUGAUCUUGAAGCUGCAUUGUGUUUAUGUACCGCCAUUAAAGCCAAUGCUUUGGGAGCUAUCAAGCUUGAAGUACCAAUUGCCCUCAGUUUGGUGCUUAAUUCGUGUGAUAAAAAGGUUCCUCGAGGCUUCCAAUGCUAGUAGAGUCUCUCGCUCUCUCACAUUCGGUUCCUCGUCGGCCUCUCCCAGACCCAAUUGAUUUCCUUUUUUUUUUCGGGGAUAAAUUGAAGCAAUAUUGUAGAGAAUAAGUUAUUAAUAAUGAAAUGAAUGAUGUUUUUAGUCC